AUGAUACGACUCGUCAUUUCUAUAUAUUUGCUCUUGCUAAUACUUCAGCAAAUCUAUGGGUCCCCCAAACUAACAUUUCGUGGCGGCAGCUGUCGUUUCAGUCCCAAUUAUUUCUCGAAUUUCACCUUUUCCACCGCCAACUCCUCAAUUAAUGCCGAUAUGCAGUUAAUCAAACCGCUUCGACAGGGCUUGAAGGCUAAUUUGGAAAUUCAACUACGUCUAACAAAUUCCAAAAUGCAUCAGAAAUUAUUUUCGUAUAUUUUGAAUAUUUGCGAUUUAGUUGUAUCGUUUCGUAGUACGAUUUUCAAAAAAUGGUUUGAAUCUUUGCUGGCAUAUGGCAAUUUUAUGCCAAAUUGUCCGGUAGCAGCGGGUCGUUAUUAUGUGAAAGGAUGGAAACCGGAUUCAAAGUUGAUACCAUCAUAUUUAUAUCCUGGAGAUUAUCGCCUGAAAGGAUAUGUCUUCUAUGGCCGUUAUCAGGGGAAGAAGGAGGAUUUCGUGGUGGACAUUGAGGUGGAUGCUGUGAUUAGUUGA